GCAUCACGAACGCCAUUACAACCCCACAAUUAUAAAUCGCCCCUCAUACGUGAUAUUCACUCUGCUCUUACUCUCGCAUCGCAUUGAUAGUCCAUCCGCUGCUUCAGGUCAACAACAUAUACAUUGUUUACGUUGGGAAACUUCUUAGAAAUGUCCGGAAACACAGAGGCAAAGGGCCAACAGCCCCGAGCCAAGAUUGGCAUCAUCUCUAUGGGCGACAUGGGCAGCGCCCUUGCCAGUCUGCUCAUCGCGAAUGGCUACGCCGUUGCUACCAACUGCACCGGGAGAAGCCAAGACACCAUCGACCGCGCCACCACCGUCGGCGCUGAGCUCCUCUCCACAGAUGAAGCCCUCAUCACCCAAUGCGACGUGCUCCUCUCCGUCGUCCCGCCCGCCCAAGCCGCUGCCACAGCUGAACGCAUCAUCACCGCUUUCAAGAAUGUUUCGUCCGGACCCAGCCCUCGGUCCACCCCGCUCUACUUCGCCGACAUGAACGCCAUCUCCCCUUCCACCGUCCGGUCUAUUGCUGCCCAGUUCACCACCGCCAGCCUCGACCCCGACCGCGACGUUCGCUUCGUAGACGGCUGUAUCCUCGGCGUCACUCCGUCUCGGAAACAGCCGCAGACCAGCACCGCGUCAACCUCAACCAAACAUGUCUUCCCUCAAGAAGACAUCCUCCACGACCCUACCACCGGCUGGUCCUACCCUCUCCUCCCCACCUCGGGUCCCUGGUCCUUCACCGACGAGUCCACCUUCCCCUACCCCUACGGCAACCACUUUGCUUCGACUCUGCACAUCGAACACAUGCUCUCCGACCUUACUGACCCAAACUCUUCCGGUGCUGAAAAGCAGACCACCAGCAGCAGCGAAAUCGGCCAAGCCUCCGCCCUGAAAAACGUCUACGCCUCCCUAGCCAAGGGUUUCGCCGCCCUCUCCCUCCUCUCCCUCUCCACCGCGCACUCCCUACGCAUCCUCCCUUCCUUUCUCUCGUCGCUCGAACGACUGGCCCCCUCGCGGUUACACACCAUGACGCGGUACGUCACUACGCUACCGCCCAAGGCGUACCGGUGGGUGCGGGAGAUGGAGGAGAUUAGCAAGACUUUCACCGACGACGAAGUGGGGUGGGAUGAGGAACAAGAGGAUGUGUUUAAGCAUGUGGCGGGGGUGUUUAGGUUCGUGGCGAAUGAGACGGUGUUGGGGCAGGAGAAGGUGGGGAAGAGGAGGAGGGGACUGGAUUUGGAGGAUUUGUGUGAGGCGUUGGGGGAGGGGUUGGAGGGGAGGAGGAAGAGGAGGGCAGUAGAGAAGGAAGGGGAGGAAGGGAAUGAAGGGGAGGGGGGUGAGAAAUGA